AUGAGCACCGAAAAGCGGCCCGUGGUGCUUGACAAUGGCAGUGGUUUUAUAAAGUGUGGCUACGCCGGCGCCAACUUUCCCACGGCCGUUUUUCAGACUGCUCUUGGUCGCCCCGUGUUGCGGUCAACAAAGAAACGCAGCCAUGGCAGUAGCGGUGGGGGAGAGGGGAAUACGCAUGUGGACCCGAUGAUGCGAGAUAUUGUCUUUGGGGACGAGUGUAGUGGCGUGCGGCACCUUCUUGACAUGACGUACCCGAUACGCAAUGGCAUCAUUCAGAACAUGGAUGAAAUGUGUCAUCUAUGGGAUUACACCUUUGGGGAAAUGCUUCAGAUAAACCCUUCGGAGCAUCGCCUGCUUCUCUCAGAGGUACCACUCUUUAGUAGCAAACACCGCUGCCAUUUGUACGAGGUGAUGUUUGAGAAAUACAAUUUUAUGGCGAUUCAAUCGGCUGUUCAGGGCACCCUUUCACUGUUCUCCAACGGCCUACAAACCGGUGUGGCGGUGGAAAGUGGGGAGGGCAUCUCCCACUGUACACCCAUCUUUGAGGGGUACGCACUGCCCAAGGCGAACCGUCGCGUUGAUCUGGGCGGACGCAACAUCACAGAGUUUCUCAUUCGACUGAUGCAGCGGCGCGGAUAUAGUUUUAAUCAGAGUAGUGACUAUGAGACGGUGCGGCGAAUGAAAGAACGCUUCUGUUAUGCGGCGGUGGAUAGUAAGCUCGAGAAGCAGCUUGCCCUUGAGACAACAGUGCUGGAGCAGACCUUUCUACUACCAGAUGGCUCAUCCUGUAGUAUUGGACAAGAGCGUUUUGAGGCUACUGAGGCUUUGUUUCAGCCUCACUUGAUAGACGUUGAGUGUGAUGGACUAUCGACACAGCUGUGGAACUGCAUACAGGCCGCUGAAAUCGACGUGCGGGCACAGUUAUACAGUCAUGUUGUGCUGUCUGGUGGCUCAACGAUGUUCCCGGGCCUUCCGAGUCGUAUUGAGAAGGACAUGCGUGCAAUGUUCCUUGAGAAGGCACUUAAAGGUGACCGCUCACGUCUUGGUCACUUUAAGCUGCAAAUUGAGGACCCGCCACGGCGGAAGUAUAUGGUGUUUCUUGGUGGGGCGACAUUGGCAGCAUUGACAGUGGACCAGCCAGAAAUGUGGCUCACACAAGCGGAAUGGCAGGAAGGAGGUGUGUCGGCGGUGCGGGCCCGUUUUGGUGCUUAG